AUGACAACGACAACGACGGUGACGAUGGAAGAUAUCAAAAACGUCCUAGCAGCUAUCCAGGCAGCCAUAAUCACGCUGUCUGAGUCAUUUUGGGAGUCGUGGGCUACGUUGCUCGCCAUCCUGAGCAUGUGGCUCGUCUUUGGGCUCGCGUGGCAGUGGGAGACGUCGAAGAACCGGUAUGAUUACCACGAGCCCGCCGCCCCCGCCGAUGCUGCCGACAACGCCGCCGCCAACAAGGAGAUCACCGAGGCUAUCAAGACCACUGCCGAUUCCAUCAAGGCCACUGCCGACGCCCUGAAGACCGAACCCCGGCCCGCCGCCUGCCCUGAGGUUUCCUCCUCGGUCGAAAGAUGA